AUCUAGGUCCCUGAGUUGGUUGGUUUUGAUGAUGAAGAAACUAAAACUAGAUUUACUAACUACAGUAUGUCAAGUUCUAUCAUCAGAAGAAAUAAAGAACUAAGCCUUCUAGACGAUAAGUUUGAGAGGUUUAUGGACCAGUAUGGUGAGCUGGAUGAGGGUGCCCUGGAAGGAGAAGAUAUAGAAGGAGGAGUAGAUGGAGAAGGGGAGAGGAUGGAACAGCUGUUGAAUGAGACUGAGGAGUAUAGAAGAACAGAAAGGCAGAAUAUACAAAGAGAGAAAGAAGCAAUGAGAAGGUUGAUUACCCUUCAGGAGGAGUCCGAGGAUGCAGACGAUCUAAUUGCACUUCAGUUGGAGGAGUUAAACCCUAAAGAAAGAUGGGAUUGUGAAUCCAUACUGUCAACGUAUUCAAACCUGUAUAACCAUCCUAAACUUAUCAGUGAACGACGAAAUAUAAUUCAGCUCUCCUCUAAGACAGGACUCCCCAAGGAUACCCUGGGGCGUGGACUGACCGCUGCUGCUCUUCGUCAGCUUGAUCUAGAGACUUCAACGCCUGUAGAAGAUGAUCUACAGAGUGUAGCAAGCAGAGUGUCAGUAUUAUCUAUACGGAACAAGCAUGAAACGCCUGAGGAAAAAAGAGCUAGAAAGACCGCGCUGAAAGAGUUCCGGCGAGAGCGGCGUGUUGAGCGCAAACUAAAUGCCGCGGCAUUCAAAGAUGAGAAAAUACGUCAAGAGAAAAUUUUAAUCAACAACCAGCGAAAUGUGCAAGGAAAUAAAAUUUUGUAACGGUCGCAUUCAUCUUGGAAAUAUAUUUUUGAAUUUUGAGAAA